AUGAGUUCACUAAGCUACUCUCCUGCUAAAGAAGAGGCGGUCUGCUGGACGGAGAAAGAGGGACUGUGGCUGAACGUUGUCGUGAAAGAGGAGAAAGAAGAAGAGGCUGUUACAAUACAAAAACAAGUGGAGGGUGAGGCUGUUACAGUUAAAGAAGAGGAAGACGCAUUCAGAGUGAAAGAGGAGGAUGUUCCAGUAAAAGCAGAGGAGGAAGAGGAUGCAGUUUUUGGAGUGAAAGAGGAGGAGUGGGAGAUGACUGUAACAUCGAAAAAGGAAGAGGAGGGAGAAGAGGAGGAACCUGGAUAUCUGGGCCCGGUUUCCCAAACGCAUCUUAAGGCAUCCAAUGGUAACGAAGAAUUUAGCCAUAAAAUGGUUUUGGGAAACCGUGCCCUGAUUAACACUAGAGGGAGACAUGACGAUCGUGGAUCCUCUGGGGAGCCUCAACAACAUCAUGAAGCUGAAGAGGAGAGUUUUUCCGCAUCAGAACAUCUCAAGAAACAGAAGCGGAAACGCACAGGGAAGAAAUCUCACCGCUGCUCUGACUGUGGGAAGAGAUUCACCUCUUCAGCAGACCUCAAAAGACAUCAGAGAAUCCAUACAGGAGAGAAACCUUAUAGCUGUGAUCAAUGUGGGAAGAGAUUUACUGAUCUAAGCAGCCUGAAAAGACACCAGAGAAUUCACACUGGAGAGAAACCUUAUAGCUGCACUGACUGUGGGAAGAGUUUUAAUGUUCCAAGCAGCCUGAAAACGCACCAAAGAAUUCACACGGGAGAGAAACCUUAUAGCUGUGAUCAAUGUGGGAAGAGUUUUGUUUCAUCUAGCCAGCUGACUGUACACCAGAGAACACACACAGGAGAGAAAUGUUAUAGCUGUGAUCAAUGUGGGAAGAGUUUUGUUUCAUCUAGCCAGCUGACUGCACACCAGAAAACACACACAGGAGAGAAAUCGUAUAGCUGUGAUCAAUGUGGGAAGAGAUACUCUGGUAAAAGAUCUCUGAUUAGACAUCAGAAAAUACAUGAAGGAGUUGUUCCACUAACAUCUCUGACCAUGAGUUCACUAAGCUACUCUCCUCCUGUUAAAGAAGAGGUCUGCUGGACGGAGAAAGAAGGUCUUGUGAAAGAGGAGGAGGAAGAGGAGGAUGUUACAAUACAAAAACAAGUAGAGGGUGAGACUGUUACAGUGAAAGAAGAAGAGAAAGACGUUUCCGUUAAAGAAGAGGAAGACGCGUUCAGAGUGAAAGAGGAAGUUACAGUAAAAGAAGAGGAGGAAGAGAAAGAGGAGGAUGCCGUGUUUGGAGUGAAUGAAGGAGAGAUGACUGUCACACAGAAAAAGGAGGAAGCAGAGGAGGAAACUGCAUAUCUGGGCCCGGUUUCCCUAACGCAUCUUAUUAAGGUGUCCGAUGGUUGUAAUGAUGAACUUAGCUGUAAAAUGGUUUUGAGAAACCGUUCCUCGAUUUACACUAAAGAGAGACAAGACUACCGUGGGUCCUCUGGGGAGCCCCAAUUACAUCAUGAAGCUGACGAGGCAGAGACGAGUCUCUCCACUUCAGAACAUCUCAAAUUCCAGCAGAGACCCACAGGAAUGAAACCUCACCACUGCUCUGUCUGCGGGAAUAGUUACGCAAGAUCAGAUUCACUAAAAGCACACCAGAGAAUUCACACGGGAGAGAAACCUUACAGCUGUUCUCAAUGUGGGAAGAGUUUUACUACAUCUAGCCGCCUGACUAUACACCAGAGAACACACACAGGAGAGAAACCUUUCCACUGCACUGACUGUGGGAAGAGUUACUCAAGAUCAGAGUCACUAAAAGCACACCAGAGAAUUCACACUGGAGAGAAACCUUAUAGCUGUUAUCAAUGUGGGAAGAGUUUUACUACAUUGUGCAAGCUGAAUAUACACCAGAGAACACACAUGGGAGAGAAAUCUUUCCACUGCACAGACUGUGGGAAGCGUUUUCUGAUAUCAGGACAUUUAAAAUCACACCAGAGAAUACACACAGGAGAGAAGCCUUAUAGCUGUGAUCAAUGUGGGAAGAAUUUUAGUCACUUAAGCAGCCUGAUAGUUCACCAGAGAACACACACAGGAGAGAAACCUUAUAGCUGUGAUCAAUGUGGGAAGAGUUUUACUCAGUCUAGUCAGCUGACUAGGCACCGGAGAACACACACAGGAGAGAAAUAUUUUAGCUGUGAUCAAUGUGGGAAGACUUUUACUGAGCCUGGUAACUUGACUAAGCAUCAGAGAACACACACAGGAGAUAAACCAUAUAGCUGUGAUCAAUGUGGGAAGAGAUUUACUGAGUCUGGUAACUUGACUAAGCACCAGAGAAGACACACAGGAGAGAAGUCACAUAGUUGUGAUCAAUGUGACAAGAGAUACUCUGAUAAUCGAUCUCUUAUUAAACAUCAGAAAAUACAUGAAGGAGUUGUUUCAUGA